AUGGAAACAUCAGCUGGAUCAAUAAUAGUUUCAGUAGCUCUAGCCGCUGUAUCGUGGUACUUAUGGAGAAUUCUAAAGUGGGUUUGGUUGAAGCCUAAGAUGCUUGAGAGUCACCUGAGAAGACAGGGUCUUGUCGGAACACCUUACACGCCUCUUGUCGGCGAUUUCAAGAGGAUUUUCAGCAUGUCAAUGGAGGCAAAAUCCAAACCCAUCAAUCUGACAGAUGAUAUCAUCCCACGUGUCUUGCCUUUCCAUUCACACAUGCUCAAGACUUAUGGAAGGACUUUCUUUAUGUGGCGUGGACCUACACCAGUCAUCAACAUAAUGGAUCCUGAGCAAAUCAAGGAAGUGUUCAACAAAAUUUAUGAUUUCCAAAAGCCACAUAUGUCCCCUUUGGCCAGAUUCAUAGCCACUGGACUCUUUAGUUAUGACGGUGAUAAUGGGCUAAACACAGAAGAAUCAUCAACCCGGCUUUCCACCUUGAGAAGAUCAAGGUUUAGGCUUCUUAUUUCAUAA